GAUUCGCAAUGUUGCAUCUUACACCGCCAGGCGGCGUUCAGGUAACAAAAUGCCGCGGUACGAAGGUUAUGUCGUUGCUGCUGAUAAAUAUCCAAUAAUUCUCGAUAUUGGAAGUGCCUACACGAAAUGUGGAUUUGCAAGAGAAACCGGUCCCCGAUGGAUUAUAUCAUCCGAAGUUAAAAAUUCUCAAACUGGGAAGGUGACAAAAUUGUGGGAUUACAAGAGUCCCGAAGAAUUGUACUUACUCUUCAAGGAAUUCCUCCAACAAAUGUAUUUCAAAUACGUAGUUGCUAAUCCUAAAGAAAGAAGGGUUGUAAUUGUGGAAUCCGUAGUUUGUCCAACAGUUUUUAGAGAAACGUUAGCUAAAGUUCUCUUCCAUCACUUUGAGAUUCCUUCUCUGAUCUUUGUGCCUGCCCAUUUGAUGAGCCUUUUUACGCUAGGGAUCACCACUGCUCUUAUACUCGACGUCGGCUACAAUGAAACAGCCGUACUUCCGGUCUAUGAAGGCGUGACAUUGUUACGCGCAUGGCAAGGCUUGCCAUUAGGUGGUCAUGCUAUUCACAGGAGAAUCGAAUUAGGAUUAAUGGAGAACGGAAAGAUAAAGGUUAAAGGCUUGGACGAAGUUCCUUUGACUACCGUGUUAACAGAACCUUUAAAAGAAUCUGUAUUUGAAGAUAUCAAAGUUCGAACGUGCUUUGUAACAACAUUGGAACGAGGUCAAAAGAUUCAAGAACACGAAGCCAGUAAAAAACUUUCUUCGCCUGUUAGCGUCGAGUUACCAAUCCCGCCUCACGAUAUUCAAUAUCCGUUAGACGGGGAGAGAAUUCUAACCAUUCCCGGAUACAUAAGAGAAUGGGCUGCUGAAAUGUUGUUCGAGCAAGAUGGCGAGGAACAAAAUGUUGCAACUAUAAUAUUGGAUUCUAUUUUAAAAUGUCCGACGGAUGUACGAGUGGCACUGGCCGAAAAUAUCAUUGUGAUGGGAGGUACGGCAAUGUUACCGGGGUUCAAACAUCGUCUGAUGACGGAAAUUAAACUACUUUUGACGCAGAAAAGAUACGCUAAUUUGCCCAUCAAAAGUAUAAAAUUUCAUAACCCUCCCUGUAAAGAAAAUUACACGGCUUGGCUCGGAGCCGCUAUAUUUGGAGCAACUGAUGCGAUAUCCAAGCGUUCCAUAAGCAGGGAGCAAUUCAACCAGCACGGGAUACCCGACUGGUCCGAUCACAACUGGGAUUCCAGCGGAAAAUCCUUAGCCUAGAAAAAUGACCACAACGAAUUUAUAUACAUGGAUUUUUUUAAUGUUUUUGUUAAUUUAUUAUUGCUAAUAAGCUUUAAAUAUUAUUGGUUAUAUACAAUAAAAUAUUUGUUCGU